UAUGGCAAAAACUGACAGAUGGAAAAUGGCGUCUGCGAUGAUAUGCGGUGUUUAUUUUUAUUUUGUAUCCUUGAAAGCUUGAGUCGAACAGGAUAAUGUUGAUAAUGUUCGCGUAGUGUAAGUGAUUGGUAACGUGUUUAUCAUUAUGGCUUCAAGUUCGGAGGCUCCGGCUACGACAUAUAUCGAUAGUUCUUCGGACGACGAAUGUUUAUCGGCGGUGAAACGAAAAGCCGAAAUAGCUGAAGAAAAUAGUAGAUGCAGUAAAUAUGGGGAAGAUAGUGACGAUGAGCCGAUCAUGGCUGGAGUGCUGGUCACUGUGGAAGUCGAGGAAAUGGACGAUGACUGUCCAUUGGAGUUUAACAAAACUGACAAACCAAAUAAAAAGGCUAAAAAGAGAAAAAAACAGAAAACUGUGAAAGGCAGACCUAGAAAAGGCAGAUCGUUCCGAUGUACUGACUGUGCUGCGGAGUUUGAAACUGCCGGGGCGCUAAAGAAGCAUGGGCUUGAACAUCAAGUUAAAACAAGACACAAAUGUGAGAUAUGCGGGCGCUACUUCAAGAAGGCGUUCAGUCUGCGCAUGCACAACAAGGUGCACAUGGAGAAGACGGCGCCGCAGUGCCAGCUGUGUGGCAUGGUGUUCAAUAAUAAGGGAUAUUUGUCACAACACAUGGCGACGCACGAGAGGACGGAGGAGUGUGACAAAUGCCACGCGAAGUUCCAUACAAACUCACAGCUGAAGAACCACACCAAGCAAGCACACUCCAAGAAGAAUCAGAAGGACGAUGGGAAUAUUACAAAACCCAGACCAGAUCUCAACCAAAGUUCUUCGGCGGGCGACAACACACAAUCAGAUCAAGAUCUAAAAAUAUCAGAAGACGAAAGCGGUAAGCUGCCAUUUUUGUUUAACGAAUUCGAGGGCUGUUUGAAACGCGAGGACCUAAGCCACCCCACACAAUGCGCUAUUGUCAGCAAAAUGCACAAAGGUAGAUCCGUUUCUGAUGUCUGUAGGCUAUAUAACCUAACUCCAGAAAUAGUAAAUGAAAUUUGGGAGGACCGAGAAAAGUAUGCUCUCCCCAAAAAAGCCGGAAAACGGACCACUAGGUACAUGAACAGCAUAUUAGACACAAGAAUCGUUGAAUGGUUUCAUUCGCAAAGAGCAAAUGAUAUACAGGUUUCUGGGAAAAUGCUCCAAGAUGUAGCUGAAGCGUUUGCCAAAGAAAGCGGUUUCGUAGCUUUUAAUGGUAGCAAAAAAUGGCUCGAUAGGUUUAAGAAACGGUAUAAUAUCUCCUUAAGAGGGACCCCCUGUAAGAGGGACUAUCAUAAUCAAAUGGAAUCUAAAUGGAAGAACCAUUUCUUCAGAGAGCAAUGGAGUGACGCCCGGUUAGGUAUACCUGAUGAAGAUAUCUACACAGCUGAUGAAUUCGGCUUCUAUUAUAACCCCUCUAAAGGUCGGAUAAAAAAGUUGGCCGGCAAAAAGUAUAUACAAGGUUAUGUAAAAGACCGUUUAUCGGUUUUCCUUUGCGCAAAUAUGCCAGGCACAGAUAAAAAGAAGUUACUUGUGUGUGGCACGGAAGAUCCGCUUCUACAUUCCUUUAGAGAUCCGGAUACGUUACCAGUGACAUAUAUCCGACAUUCCCAAGCCCACUUUACCACGCAAAUGUUCGAAGAAUACGUCAAAUAUUGGAAUAGAGAAUUACAAAUGAAAAAUCGGAAAGCGAUUCUCGUUUUAGACAGGGCUACAAUACACUCAAAGUUGCAGUUAUCCCAUUUGAAAUUAGUUUUCGUACCCUGGAAAGCGUCAAACGGUUUAAUACCAAUGAAAAACGGUGUUUCAGCCAAGUUCCGUGAUGAGUUUAGGAGGCUAAUCUUAGAAGAGAAGGCUAUGAAUGUCCUUAGAGGUGUGGAUAGAAAUUUAACAUGCUUAGAGGCUCUAUACAUGUUAGAGAAGGCUUGGGAGCGGACACCACCAGAAGCUAUUACCAAAAGCUUUGUAGACACUGGGUAUGACGUAACAGUUCCCGACGAAGUCAUAGAGAUAGAUAAACCAAAAGUUUAUGAGAACGAUGAGGAAAUACUAGCUAAUAUGAUGAAGGAUUAUGACGUAGAAUCUUAUUUCACAAAUAUCAGUACUCUAGAUCAAUAUUUGACAGUGGACGAGGAACUUGUAACUGGGCAAGGGACUAAUGGAUCAGUUUUCGGUGGUAACCACAAAGUCACUGAUCCUCUAAACUAUGCCGAGAAAGCGAAAGAGGAUCUGAUGCCUCUCGCGACAGAGAAGCCGGAGUCUGAUGAGAAGGAGGUUCUAGUGAAGAAGUCAAGGGCGUUGCAGGAUUUGGAUAUCGUUAGGAAGUAUUUGCAGUCGAACGCGACGUCCUACGAUACGUUUUGUUGUUUUAUGGAGAUUGAGAAAUUUGUUAUGCAGACUGUUAUAGGUUGAUAUGUGUUUUUGGUUGUUUUUUAAUUGUAUUUCCGGUUGCCUGUAGUGGAAUUAUAGUGUUUUUUAGGGUAAGCGUCCACAGAACCGCAUUGUACGCAUUCCAUAUGACGCCAUCAGUACGCAUUGCCACUGAUGCGGUCCGUACGAUGCAGAUCAGUGGACGCAGUUGUAUGAGUUUCUAUACAACACAAAAUAAAAUCCGUUGCGUGCGGCGCGUUUCAAAUUGAAUUAACUGGUCCGGGGUAUGAAAUUUCUUCACUAUUGUAAUCUUCAAACAUAACACUACCUCACAUUAAAGCCGUGGCAGAUACAUUUAGAAUACCUUAUAUUUAUAUCUAUGUAUUACCAUUUGUAUUAUAUUGUUUUAUGAACAAACAGGCUGUUUUUAAGUGAAGUAAUUCCACUAUAGGCACCUAUAGAAAGACGGCGUAGUUUUAUCCAUCUUGGUGUUCUAAUCUACAAACAUACAAUGUUCACAUACACAUGCCACCCAGACCCGAAACAACAAUUUGUGGAUCACACAAAGAGUUGCUCCGUGCGGGAAUCGGGCCCGCUACACGUUGCGUGGCAGCAGGUUGCCCAGCCACCGCGCCAACCGUGCAAUCAAGAUGACUAGAGUAUUAGUUUUUUCCGUUAAAUAAAAUUGGGAUAGCAAGAUGGAUGAAUUUAGGCCCAAAAGUCAUAUUAAGCCAUGGAUUUGUUAUAAAAAAUUUAGUCAAAAGAAGUUAUAUAAACAAUUUAUUUUUAUUUUUGUAUUUUAAUUAUAUUAAACACGUUCGUUGACUAAGUACGGUGUUGAAUUCUUAUUUAGAUUUUAAUAUAGGAGAGCUAGAUGAAAAUUUUAAAGUCAAAACAAUUAGAUUUUUAAAUGUUUAAAAAGAUUCUUUGAAAAAAUAUUUCUAUUAGAUAGGUAGUCAGUUUUAUUAUUGUGAUUUUUUUUUAUUGGGACCCGAUUCUGUCUUCUGUAAUUUGGAUUUCAGUACUUAAAAGAUUUUGUUGGUUCAGUGGUUUUAAGAACGGUUGGUAAGCAUAAGGUAGCUAACGCCGUAUCAAUUAUACGGGGACGGGCGACGGGGCGUAAGCAAAAAAAUAAAAACUUGCCAUUCUUUUAUUUCAUUAAAAAAAUAUAUGAAAGUCCAAAUAAUCAAUUAUAUCUUUUUUCGCUUCAAGCAUUCGUUCAAUGGUUGGUGGCAAAUUUAGGAAAAUUUACGUCGUCAUAAGGGCCCCCAAAUAUGGGCUCACUGUUAUAGCAUCGUAAGAGAAUAAGUCCCCUCUUUGAGGCUUGAGAGACAGGAAAGUCAGUGCAUGAUUUUCUCCCCUCAAAAAUAGGGCGGCCCCUAAACAAUUUUUUAUACGGGGCCCCGUUAAGGCACGCUGCGCCUAGGGUCUGGCGCUCGAUGCUCGAUCAUAUUGUUUACAGCAGUUUUUAUGGUUACAAAUUUUAUUAUAGAUUAAAGAUAAAUGUGCUCAAUCGAGGAAUCGAACUCUAAAACCUUGUGAUCAGCAUUUUGCUCAUGUAACCACUUGAGAUAUUGGCAAAAAAAUGUAUUUGAAAAAGGUUAAAAAUUUUAAUAAUACCUAAAAGACAGAGUCGGGAUCCUAGUGAAUAUUUUUAAUAUUGUAAAUUGAAUAUAGAUAAUACAUGCUGAUAUGACGAGAAUUACUAAAUCUCAAACUUUAAUGCUCAAACCUUCUCCGUGUGAGAAAAGGCCUUUAGUAAGCAGUGGCCACUUAUAGGCUGUUGAUGUGUGUUGUGAUAGAGAGGAUGAGCAAAUACCAGUACAAAAGCAGGUUUUGAAUAUUUUGAAAAGCAAUAACACAGUAUAAAUACGCCUAAAAGGCCUACAAUGCACCCAUAACUCCGUUGGUGUCGUGGGUAAAGACUUCUCUCGCCUUAGGUGAAGCGAGAGGAAGUGUCAAACUCUUACUGACUAAAAACCACCCACUAAGUUACUCCUGCUUUUCGAGCCGGAGCCCCGCUAAAUCCAGUAAACUUUUUUACUACUAGUCACGAAUUAGUAUAAUUUUAUGCGUAUUCUGUCAUUUCUGAAAUGAAAACCUGUUAUUUACAAUCCAGUUCAUAUGAACAUGUAUUAUAUUAUAUAAAUAAGCACGCAAUUUACUAGUUAUAGUUAAUAAAUAAAUAAAAAAACAAUACCAGAGAUUAUUGUGCAAAAAGGCCAAUUAUCGAAUACAAACCGUAUUUAAUAAUAAAUAUUUUCAAAAUGGCAAUACUUGAAAUGAAAUAACAUUAUCAACGAAUAUAGCUUUUACAGAUUUUGAAUUUUUAUACUAUACAUUAAUUAAUAAAAAAUAUUUGUCGUUCGUUACAAUUUUUACAUAUAUAGUAGAUCAAUUUUGAUGUGGAUUUUUGUCGUUCCCUUUACUCAUAGGUGGCGCCACUGUCCUAAGGGUUUAAUAUGUUAAAACUCCCAUUUUGCCCUUCCAUAAAGCGAUAAUGGGGUAUAAAAGCCGAUUUCUUAAAAAAUAUUAUUGAUGCCAAUUGUUUAUUUUUAAUGUAUAAUUCUCAAAUUCCUAACCCUCAAAAGGGGCAACGCAUUUGUAACGGCGCUCUAGUGUUUUAAGUGUCUAAGGCGGCUAUUGCUUACCAUCAGGUGAUACGUCUGCUCGUUUACUGGCUUAUACCAUAAAUAAAGAAAUGGUAUUAAAUGGGCGUUACAUUUAAUAUAUCCCAUCUCUGCUUAAUUCUUUGGAAUAGUAAAAAGAUUAAAAGAUAGUGGCGCAUCUUAUUUAAAGUGUUUCCUCCAUUCAAUCUGUAUAUCUUGCCCUAUUAUUGUUAUCUACAACACUUUAUGUAUAUACAUAGCAAGAUUUAUUUAUUUAGGUAUAUAAAAUAAGCAAAAUCGUUUACCUACUUGUAAAUUUUUUUAUUUGUAAAUAUGUCCUAGAUAAUAAGACGAAUUCCAGUCUUUAUUGUAAUUAUUAUGUAUGUUUAUAAUAGUUGUUAACUCCUGAGAAAUUGCCGUUCAAUGUAUUUUUCGUUGAAUUUGAAAUUAUUUCUAAGUAAAGAUUAGUUUGGUCAAGAUCGAUGUGUGAGAUUGGUAAACAAACCAUAAGGGUUAACCUACGUGUGUAUUAAGUCAGUCAAAUAAUUUAUUCCAAUUAAACUAAAGAAAUAAUAUACUGUCAGGCUGUCUGUCACUGAAACUAACGGCGAAUUCCAAUAACCUACCUAUCGGUAGAUUUGCCUACCAGAGGUAGUUUUUUGACAUAAGCUCCAUACAAAAUGUGUCAAAAUUCUACCUCUGGUAGGCAAAUCUACCGAUAGGUAGGUUAUUGGAAUUGGCCGUAAGUGCUCGUUCCAAAGUGUAGCUUCGAAUAAAGAAGAACGAGCAAGAAACUGUUCAACUUACGAGUGGCGAGAUGUAGUGUUACUUUUGUGGUUUGUCUAUCGAAAGGCUUAGUACGAGUUUGUUUUCCGUUUAAUGAGAACGAAACGAUACCGCGUUCGGUGUUGUGAUUGGCCGGCUCUAAUGAACCAACCAAUCCGAGCUCCGAACACGGUAUCGUUAAAUGUAAAACCAACUCAUAUUAAGGAUAUAGAUGUGAGUUACAGCUCAAAAAACUAAACAUGGAUAUUUUCUUUUGAAAUGACUUUGAACGGUGUGGUGUUGCCAGAUCUUCUGGUUUAUGUUUCCUUUUUUUGGUGUUGACAAACAAGGUGUUCAUUUUAGACAUAAUAUUUUAUUGGUGCUUAAAAAAUUCUUUGUAUGUAUAUCUGUGGAAGUUAUCUCAUUAAAAUGUUUUGUUAAGUCUGGCAACAUUGCUACAGAGCGUGUUUUGUUGGAGUUACAACGUUGCUGUAGUUUGUUACAAAUGUUUUUUCCUAAAAGUAUUUUAAGAAUAAAUGAUUUUUAAAUGUCAUA